AUGUUAGAUACUUCUUAUGCUCCUACUGUCAGACCAUUAACACUUGCUGAAGAUCCUCAAGUACAACGACCUCGCAAGAUUCUUCUGACUAUGCUCGGCAUUUGUCUUGUUCUUUGUUUGGCCAAUACAAUUGUUGGAAUCGUGAAUCGUAUAGCAAAUCCUCAAGGAAGUGCAGAGCUUGGUCUACCUCUUUUGUCAAUUCUUUUCUACGGCUUUGGACUAUUCGUCACUUCUAAAUAUUCUGAAACAGGCUUGCGCGUGUUUAAAUUUAAAAAUAAAUUUAAAGUAUCAGUAUUUAUAUAACGUCAUUCACACGUUGGUGGUACAUGGUAUGCAAAUCGAUAUCCAGAUUGUCAAGUCGAUAUUCCAUCGAAUCUGUAUUCAUAUUCAUUUGAAAUUAAUCCACAAUGGAGUCAUUAUUAUUGUCAUCAAUCGGAGAUUGUUGACUAUUUAGAAAAAUGUACAGACAAAUAUGGUAUCCGUUCAUGUAUUCAUUUUGAUACGGCAGUUACUCGGUGUGAUUGGCUUGAUGAACGGCAACUAUGGCGAGUGACUACAGUACACAAAAACAGUGGCGAUGAGAAAUAUUAUUAUGGCCGUCAUCUUAUUGGAGCCUAUGGUCUAUUAUCGAAUGCAUCAUAUCCAACAGAUAUUGAAGGAUUUGAAACAUUUGAAGGAGAAAUGUGUUAUACGACUGAAUGGAAUGAUAAAAUUAAUUUUAAAGAAAAACGAGUUGCAGUUGUCGGUACUGGUUCAAGUGCUAUACAAUGCAUACCUCAGUUACAUAAAAAUUUUGGUAUUUCACAUAUAUACGUCUUUCAAAGAACAGCAGCUUGGGUUACUAAUUUAAAGAAUCGAACAGUGACUCCAUUCGAAAAAGUAUAUUUUCACCACUGUUCCACUAAUUCAAAAAUUCAUUCGGGCUUGCAGCUAUUGGAGACGUGA